AGAACAUCGCGCAUAUGCAUGACCUUUGACAUAUUCCAGAUCGUCGGAAAGUGUGGCGCACAAAAGAUUGAGGAUACUUGAGCUACAUUUCAACUUCAAAAUGGCCUAUAACUACGUAGUUACAGCGCAUAAACCUACAUCUGUCAAUGCGUGUGUUACAGGCAACUUCACAUCACCGGAUGAUCUGAAUCUGAUCGUUGCUAAGAACACUCGUCUGGAGAUCUACGUAGUGACGCCCGAGGGCCUGCGUCCUGUUAAAGAGAUCGGCAUCAAUGGCCGGAUUGAGGUCAUGGAGCUCUUUAAACCUCAGGGUCAAGAUAAGUGCCUUCUCUUCAUCUUGACGGCGCGAUACAACGCCUGCAUCCUGGAGUACGUGAAAGAUGGCGACAACGAAGAAAUUGUGACUAAAGCUCAUGGCAAUGUACAGGAUCGUAUUGGUAGACCAUCAGAGACUGGUCUGAUCGGCAUCGUGGAUCCUGAAUGCCGCGUCAUUGGAUUGCGUCUUUACGAUGGCCUCUUCAAAGUGGUGCCACUCGACAGAGACAACAAAGAAUUGAAAGCUUUCAAUAUCAGACUGGAAGAGUUGAAUGUAAUCGACGUGCAGUUUCUUCAUGGGUGCCAAGUACCAACCAUUGUAUUUGUCCAUCAGGACCCCCAUGGCAGACACGUGAAAACCUAUGAGAUCAACCUGAGAGAGAAGGAGUUCAACAAGGGGCCCUGGAAGCAGGAUAACGUUGAGACAGAAGCCAGUAUGGUAGUCACUGUGCCCAAACCGUGUGGUGGCGCCCUCAUCAUCGGACAAGAGUCCAUCACGUACCACAAUGGGGAUAAAUACGUCGCUAUCGCACCACCGAGCAUAAAGGCAAGUACUCUGGUUUGCCACGGUCGGCUAGACUCUGACGGAUCUCGCUAUCUCCUGGGUGACAUGGCUGGAAGACUGUUCCUGUUGCAUCUUGAGAAGGAAGAAUCUAUGGACGGCGUUCUCAUCGUCAAAGAUCUCAAAGUGGAACUACUGGGAGAGACAUCCAUUGCAGAGUGCCUGACGUAUCUUGAUAACGGCGUGAUAUUCAUUGGUUCGAGGCUCGGAGACUCACAGCUAGUCCGGUUGACUGUAGAUCCAGAUGAGCAUGGCUGCUACGUGCAACCCAUGGAGACAUUUACAAAUCUUGGCCCCAUCGUAGACAUGGCGGUGGUUGACCUAGACAGACAGGGUCAAGGACAGCUCGUAACCUGUUCCGGUUCAUACAAAGAGGGCAGUCUUCGCAUCAUCAGGAAUGGGAUUGGCAUCCAUGAGCAUGCUAGCAUUGAUCUGCCAGGGAUCAAGGGUUUAUGGCCGCUCAGGGUGGACCAUGGAUCGCAAUUUGAUGACACGCUGGUGCUUUCGUUCGUGGGACAGACAAGGGUGUUGAUGCUGAAUGGCGAGGAAGUUGAAGAGACAGAGAUGCCAGGAAUUGACGGCGAUCAACAAACAUUCUACUGCGGGAAUGUCUACAACAACCAACUCAUCCAGAUCACUGCAGCGUCUGUUCGUCUGGUUAAUGCCGUCACCAAACGCAUGGUGAGCGAGUGGCGAUCUCCAUCCAGUAAGAACAUCAGUGUAGCAUCCUGCAACACGCGGCAAGCAGUGUGUGCUGUGGGGAAGGACAUCUUCUACAUAGAAAUCCACGAAGGUGAACUCCGACAGAUCAGUACUGUGACUAUGGAGCAUGAGGUGGCAUGCCUGGACAUAACGCCCCUCAAGGAAGGCUCCGACAUCGCUGAGCUCUGUGCUGUGGGUCUGUGGACGGACAUCUCGGCAAGGAUACUCAAAAUCCCCAGCCUGGAAUCAAUGCACAUUGAGAUGCUGGGAGGAGAAAUCAUCCCGCGUUCUGUCCUGCUGAGCGUGUUUGAGGGGCAGUGCUAUGUGUUGUGUGCUCUAGGAGAUGGGUCUCUCUUCUACUUCCAAUUGAACACAGAGACAGGUUUCAUGAGGGAUCGUAAGAAGGUCAUUCUUGGCACCCAGCCAACCGUUCUCAAGACUUUCAAAUCCCACGCUACGGUCAACGUCUUUGCUUGCUCCGACCGGCCGACGGUCAUCUACAGCAGCAACCACAAACUGGUCUUCUCCAACGUCAACUUGAAGGAGGUCAGCUACAUGUGCCCUUUGAACUCUGAAGGGUACCAGGACAGUCUUGCUCUGGCCAACGACACCACUCUCAUGAUCGGCACCAUCGACGAGAUCCAGAAGCUCCACAUCCGCACCGUUCCCCUCGGCGAAUCGCCCCACCGCAUCGCCUACCAAGAAGCCACGCAGACCUUUGGUGUCAUCACGACGCGCACGGAGCUCAAAGACGCUACGGGUCACGGAACGAUGCAAGUACGGCAGUCUGCCAGCACGACGGCACUGAAUAUGUCUAGCAGUACCAACAGUAAGAGCAUGCCUGGCCAGAGUGGGGCUGAGGGGUCACACUUUGGUGAAGAAAUUGAUCUUCAUUCGCUGCUUAUCAUUGACCAGCAUACAUUUGAAGUUCUACAUGCGCAUCACUUUGUUCCCUAUGAGUACGCCACCAGCAUCGUAUCCAGUAAACUUGGUAACGACCCCACGACCUAUUACAUUAUCGGCACCGCCAUGGUUUACCCAGAGGAGGCGGAGCCUAAAAAGGGGCGGAUUGUAGUGUUCCAAUACAGCGAUGGAAAACUGCAAGAAGUGACAGAGAAAGAAAUCAAGGGUGCAGCGUACUCCAUACUGGAGUUUAAUGGCAAACUGCUGACUUCCAUCAACAGUGUGGUUCGGCUUUUUGAGUGGACACCAGAGAAAGAACUUCGGGUGGAAUGUAGUCACUAUAACAACAUCCUUGCCUUGCAUCUCAAGACCAAAGGAGAUUUUGUAUUAGUUGGAGAUUUAAUGAGAUCGAUCACACUUCUGGCUUAUAAGCCCAUGGAGGGGUGUUUAGAGGAGAUCGCCAGAGAUUAUAAUCCCAACUGGAUGUCAGCUGUUGAAAUCCUGGAUGAUGACACCUUCCUCGGGGCUGAGAAUUCAUUCAAUUUAUUCACGUGUCAGAAAGACAGUGCUGCCACAACGGACGAAGAGAGACAACAUCUACAGGAAGUUGGUUUGUUUCAUCUUGGCGAGUUUGUCAACGUCUUCAGACAUGGCUCCCUCGUCAUGCAGAACAUCGGGGAGAGUACCAUACCGACGCAUGGCAGUGUUCUGUUUGGGACAGUCAAUGGAACCGUUGGUCUGGUAACCCAGCUCUCGGAGGAGUUUUACAACUUCUUGCUGGUGGUUCAGAGCAAGCUGACUAGAGUCAUCAAGAGUGUCGGCAAGAUUGAGCACUCAUUCUGGAGGUCAUUCUACACCGAUCGUAAGACAGAAACGGCAGAGAAUUUCAUCGACGGUGACUUGAUUGAAAGCUUUCUGGAUCUAAACAAAGACAAGAUGGAAGAAGUUGUACAAGGAUUACAGAUCAACGACGGCGACAUGAAACGAGACGCUACCGUCAACGACCUCAUCAAGAUUGUGGAAGAGCUGACGAGGAUACACUGAGCAAGGUAACUGA